AUGGAAGAGAUUAGAGACGAGGCUAUUGAAGAGACUAGAGGCGAGGCUAUUAAGGAGAAUAUUGAGGAGACUAUAGACGAUACUAGAGACGAGACUAUAGACGAGGCUAUCGAGGAGACUAUAAAAGAUACUAGAAACGAGACUAUAGACGAGGCUAUUGAGGAGAAUAUUGAGGAGACUAUUGACGAGACUAUAGACAAGACUAUAGAGGAUACUAUAGACGAGACUAUUGAUGAUACUAUAGAUGAGACUAUAGACAAGACUAUAGAGGAUACUAUAGACGAGACUAUUGAGGAGACUAUACACGAGGCUAUUGAGGAGAAUAUUGAGGAGACUAGAGACGAGGCUAUUGAGGAGACUAUAGAGGAUACUAUAGAUGAGACUAUGGAAGAGAUUAGAGACGAGGCUAUUGAAGAGACUAGAGACGAGGCUAUUAAGGAGAAUAUUGAGGAGACUAUAGAAGAGACUAGAGACGAGACUAUAGACUAG